GGCCUCGCCAUGUCUCAGCCGCCUCCAGCAGUCGCCAGCAAACUCAGCGCGCAGUCCAACAAAUCCUCGCAGCUCGCGGCUUCGAGCCAAGUCAGCCCGGCUCUCUCCCAGACCCAGCAGUUCUUCUCCUACGAUUCCUCCUCCGCCUCCGCUCGUCGAUCCGGCCCGAACAGCAACGCCAGUGCACGAAACAAUCAGACAGCCAAGCCGAAGCAUAAGAACGGGAAGAAGUUUCGGUCCUUGGAUGAGGAUGCCGAGGCGGAGACUUUCAGCAUGCAGAAUCCACAUGGUCGUCGUGGUCAGCAGAGCAUCACUCAUUUGAUGCAAUUCGCGCUCCCGCCGAGACCCAAUGCACAGCAACAGUAUCACAGGCAUAGCUAUAAUGGUCCGCGGAGAGGAGGCGGAAGAGGCAAUACUUGGGGCUUGGGGAGCGGCUAUCAUGCCAUGGAUAAAGCUAGAUAUAUACACGCCAACUACCGCUUCGUAGUCGAUCCUCGAGGAGACUACCACGCACAAGCUAAAGAUGCGGAUGUCCAUCUUGACUGGAACAAUGUCUUGCAGGUCAUCGCUUCAUCACAAACACAAUCCGCAUCAUGUCCGAUAUGUCUCGGCGAGCCGACAGCACCGAGAAUGGCGAAAUGCGGUCACAUUUUUUGCCUACCAUGCCUGAUCCGGUACAUGCAUUCCGACGAUGGCCAUGGACACAGCCAUACACAGGAGAAGAAAGCAAAAAGCAAGAAAUGUCCAAUCUGCUUUGACAGCGUAUACGUCUCCGAAACGAGACCAGUCCGAUGGUAUACUGGCCAGGAGAGCGAGCCGCCUCGCGAGGGUGGAGAUAUCGUUCUACGAUUGGUCAAACGGAGACCGAACAGCACACUGGCCAUGCCACGGGAGAGUGCAGAGACAGUCGCGAAGGGCGAGGACAUUCCGUGGUACUUUGCGGCGGAGGUGAUGGACUAUGCUCGGGUCAUGAAGGGGAGUGAGGAGUACAUGCUGCAACAAUAUGACGAGGCCAUGGAGGCAAUACGGUACCUCGAAAAGGAGGAUGAGCUAAUGUUUGGUGAGGACGCCGAAUGGACUGGCCGAGCCAUACGUACGCUUCGAGAAGCAAAGGAGAAGGUCAAGGGUAUCGGACAGCCACCAGCACAGCCCAGGAAACCGGAUCCCGUUGUUGUGGAGGAGAUCGAACCCGCACGACCGCCCAUCGAGUUCAACGAGAACGAAGACGGCGUGCCUGAGAUGUACUUGCAGAGGCAGGCCGUUGCAGUUCCAACGCCCGCAAGACCAGCUGAAUACAUGACCUCGAACGACGACAAGUCACAGCCUUCUCCAUCAAACUACGUUCCGCGCACUCUGGCCGACAUGCGCCAACGACAUACCGAAAAGCCUCAACCCUCGGAGUAUCUGUUCUACCACGGCCUCCUUCAUUACUACCUCUCACCCCUCGACAUUCGCAUCCUCAAAUCCGCUUUUGGAUCCUACUCCUCUUUCCCAUCCAGCCUCCUCCCUCGCGUCGAGCGCGUAUCCUCAGGACACAUUGUUGACGAUGACCUCCGUCGAAAGACAAAAUAUCUAUCUCAUCUCCCAUACGGCUGCGAAGUCGGCUUCCUCGAAUGCGAUUGGCGUGAUGUCGUCAGUCCAGCCGUCCUCAAAGAAUUCCAAACCAUGCUCGACCGCCGCCGCAAACGCAACACGGAAAAAGACACCCGCGAAGAAAAAGAACGCGUCCGCAUCGAAAAAGACCAAGAACGCGAACUGGCCAACAUCCGUUCCGGACAUCGCCGACGACCCAGUAACGGCGACGGCUUCUUCUCUACCUCCCCAGGCGGCGUGCCCGUCAUCACCGUCCCAGACGUCGACGUCCCGCCCCCCACGACCUCCACCUCUCCACCUUGGCCAUCGAAUGCUGAUCGCCCGGGCUUCACAUCCCUCGCCAGUCCCGGCACAUCUCCCAAUUUCUCCCGCACAGUGUGGGGCACGCAGGUCGUGGCGCCGGCGAGUCCGGAUCUGCAUGGUACGCUGCCUACGGAUGGGGAGUUGAGUCAGAGAGAUGAUGGGUGGUUGCAGGAUUGGGAGAGGGAUUUGUUGGAUGGGAUGAAGAUGGUGGAGGUGGAGAGGAAGGGGGAGGAGAGUCAUGGUACGGGUGGAAAUGGAAAUGGUGGUACUGGUGGAGGAGGUGGGAAGAAGGGCAAGAAGGGAAAGAAGAUUACGUUGAUGAGUACGGCUACUGCGAGGAGAGGGGCGUGA